AUGUCGCUGGUUGCUUACGCCAGCAGCGAUGAGAGUGAGCCGGAUGAGGCCGAGCCGGAGCCGGAGGAGGAGGAGGCGGCGGCCCCUACAGCUGGGCCCACUUUAGGGGGCUUGUUCGCUUCUCUUCCCGCACCCAAGGGCCCGGCCUUGCUGCCUCCGCCCCCCCAGAUGCUGGCCCCAGCUUUUCCCCCGCCGCUCUUGCUGCCCCCGCCCGCCGGGGACCCCCGGCUCCAGCCUCCUCCGCCCUUGCCCUUCGGCCUGGGAGGCUUCCCCCCACCUCCGGGCGUGAGCCCGGCUGAGGCGGCGGGAGUCGGGGAGGGGCUGGGGUUGGCGCUCCCCUCGCCCCGGGGCCCUGGCCUCGGCCUGCCCCCCUCCAUGGGCGGUGCCGGGCCCCCACUGGGCCUUCCCAAGCCAAAGAAGAGGACGGAGCCCGUGAAGAUCGCGGCGCCGGAGCUGCAUCAGGGGGAUUCAGAUUCCGAGGAAGAUGAGCCCUCAAAGAAGAAAACUGUCCUUCAGGGAUCCGGCGAGGGGACUGGUCUGUCUGCCCUGCUUCCCCAACCUAAAAACCUGACCGUGAAAGAGACUAACAGGUUGCUCCUUCCCCAUGCCUUCUCCCGGAGACCCUCGGAUGGCUCCUCUGACACUAAGCCCUCCAGGCAGGCUUCUAAGACCAAGCCCUCUCCCCUUGCCUCUGUCGUGGGCACCACAACCACCACUCCGUCACCCUCUGCCAUCAAGGCUGCUGCCAAGAGUGCUGCCCUGCAGGUGACGAAGCAGAUCACGCAGGAGGAGGACGAUAGCGAUGAGGAAGUAGCCCCCGAGAACUUUUUCUCCCUCCCUGACAAGGCUGAGCCGCCUGGAGUUGAGCCAUACCCUUACCCCAUCCCCACUGUCCCUGAAGAGCUGCCUCCAGGCACGGAACCAGAGCCGGCCUUCCAGGACGAUGCAGCCAAUGCUCCCCUUGAAUUCAAGAUGGCAGCGGGCUCAAGCGGGGCCCCUUGGAUGCCUAAGCCUGGGGAUGACUACAGCUACAAUCAGUUUUCAACAUAUGGCGAUGCCAAUGCCGCUGGUGCUUAUUAUCAGGAUUAUUACAGUGGUGGCUACUAUCCUGCACAGGACCCGGCCCUGGUCCCCCCCCAGGAAAUUGCCCCAGACGCCUCCUUCAUCGAUGACGAAGCAUUUAAGCGGCUGCAGGGCAAGAGGAACCGAGGGAGGGAGGAGGUCAACUUUGUGGAGAUCAAAGGUGAUGACCAGCUCAGUGGGGCCCAGCAGUGGAUGACCAAGUCAUUGACAGAAGAGAAAACCAUGAAGUCAUUCAGCAAAAAGAAAGGUGAGCAGCCCACAGGCCAGCAGCGGCGGAAGCACCAGAUCACGUACCUGAUCCAUCAGGCUAAGGAGCGGGAGCUGGAACUAAAGAACACCUGGUCGGAGAACAAGCUCAGCCGCCGGCAGACCCAAGCCAAGUACGGCUUCUAGGGCCCCAGACCUGACUGCUCCCGGGGCUCCUGCAGCCUGGCGCCUGGCCUCACCUCGGGGACCCCGCUGCUCCAAGCCCAGGGCCUCUGUCCCUGAGGACCCAGCCCUCGCCUCUGCGAGAAUGGACACAUUUGAUAGAGUUUUCUUAACAAAAGUUAGAAAAUUCAGCUCCUGUCUUGGAGCUAGCACAGACUCGAGCGAUGCUUCAUGUGGGGCUCUGAGUUCUGGACGGGAGUGGGGCUCCCUGGUGGGUGUGAUGAAAUGGGGAGCCCGUCCCUCCAUUCUUUUUUUUUUUUUUUUUUUUUUAAAACCAGGGAUGUCUGUUGAAAUAAAACAUUCAGUCUGACA